CGCGACAGCCGUAGUUAUGAAGCAAACUUGCAUGCCUUCUCCAUACAAGUACAAUUUCACUAAUAGGCGAUGGCGGACACCACGACGAUAGCGUGCUGGCCCGCGUGUGUCGACGCGAUCGAAUGGAGCCAUGAUGGCAUUAUCGCGCUUGCGAGCGAGGAACAAGUUGAGCUUCUGUUUCCACACACCAAGUCCAACGACACAGAGCACGACUUUUCCUCUUGGCAUCACAUUCCACUGGCAGUCUCGUGGUUCACCACAACGGAGCUCCCGGAGAAAGAAGCUGGGCCUGUAUCUACAUACUCCAUCGGCGAGGAAGUGUCCACCAGCGCGCCUGUAUCAAUAACCUGGUCACCGCCGGGGAUCGCGAAGCAUCGACGAUGUGCGCUUGGCGUGUUGACGUCGAGCUUGAUUCUGAGCAUCUGGGCCAGUGAGGGGAAGAUUGAUGAUGAAUUGAGCUGGAGGCGGAAGCUGAUCAUCAAUGAUGCGCUCGUACUGUACUUCUCCAGUAACUUGAAUGAGGUCGAAAGUACCCUGGUCCAUGAGUCCGUUGAGAAGAUGCGUCUUCGCGCGCGCAUACGAUCUUUUGCCUGGGCACCUUCGAUGCCUAGCCUGGGCCCUGCUGCUAUCAUUGGCACGCGGACAACUUGGGCUCAACCUUUCUUAGCUGUUGCCAACGACGACAACCAAAUUGCUAUAGUCGCUAUUGAUACGCCAGCCACGACUCUCGGUGCCGAGGAAGAAUGGUCAGGCGAAGUUCUGAGCCAUUUCUCGAUUACCCCGGACUCUGAGAACGUGUUCGAGAGCGCUAACACGUUCGAUGAAAUAAUGCAACAGCAGCGGCACAUUUCACAACUCGCAUGGAGUCCAUGGACGAUGCAGGGAGAGUGGUUUCAUUCUGUCUUGGUGUACGCCACGAAUGACGAUGUACGCGCCCGUGUUGUUACGUACAGCGGCGAGACCAUCGGAAUCGGGAACGAUGAGGUUGUCUACCCUGAUAUCAAACUUCGACAUGCCGGCCCGAUGAAGUGGUCAUCCAAAACCGAGAAUCGCGACACUGUCACGUUGGCCCUGUUCACCCUUACCAACGUUGUGGUCCUCAAGAUAUCCGCAAGUAAUGCCAAUGCUUUCGCCCGAACGGAGCACGAUCUGGACGGCCGCUGGGACGAAAUGAGCGCAGCAGUAUGGGACCACACAACAGAGGAUCCGACUAUUCACUUCGCGUCACUUCAGGCAACUCUAAGCUAUACAACUCGGCUCCAGUGCACGAAAGAUUCUCUAGCUACUAUUCCCGGCCAUCCUCAUUGGCGCGAACAGUUGUGGGAUGCACAGGCACUGUUCAGCGCUCAGCAUGAACUUGCAGGCAACGUCCGAAGCAAAGUCUGGGGGCUGUCUACUUCGCCGCUCGGCGAUUUCAUCGCAGCAUGCAGCACCAUCCAUCCAAGUGACAUGAUAGAAUACGGACCGCCCAACGACCGGCGCACGUCAAUAACCAUUUCGGGCCUACGAGACUACGACAAAGAUGCCAAGCUCGAAGUUCCCGCGCAAAACUGCAGCGCAGAGGGCCUCGUCUUCACGCUUCGCAAAUGGGCCGAGCGCACCGGCGACGGCAAUGAGUCGUCGCCUAGCACAAUCUCACAAGUGGCCGCGCAGCUCUCUGUUCUGCAUCCAGAAUCUUCUUCCUCACAGAUGAACGGAGAACCUACCUCAGAGGUUCCAACGAAUGAUAUUCGCGCCCUCAUGACACACAUAAAACACACCCUACUCUCUCCCACCACCAUCAACAAACGCCUGCAGAUCCUCGUCUCUCAAACCCUCGCCCCUUCCCUGUCGACACUCCUUCCCCGCACCCUCAUUGCCUACAGUCUCGCAACCUUUGUCUCCGUACUCCCUCAAUCACUCACGCGCGCAACACGAUUUUCCGCUGAGAUCGCACAACACCACCGCCGCAUCGUCGCCCUCGUUGACACCAUCAUGGCAGAGGGAGACGAGGAUUACCCCCGAGAGGUGGUCUCAACACCAAUGCAGCCCUGCGACACCUGCGACUUCUGCUCUGCCUCGAUACCGCUCGAGGACCUGGACACUGCGCGGUGCACGAACGGGCACGAGUUCUCGCGGUGUGGGAUCAGCUUUGUCGCGAUUCAGCGGCCGAGGAUAUCGAAGGCGUGCGCGCUGUGUCGGACGCCGUAUCUGAGCGAGGAGUUUGUAGGGGCACAGGAGGAAGAUGAGCUCGGGAGGGUAGAGGGAGAGGUGUCGCUGGCGAGAGCGCUGUUCCUGGCCUGCGAUGUGUGUAUUUAUUGUGGGGGAAAGUUCACAGGGUAGCCUGUGGCAAGUAAUGAGGCGUGCUGAUUGAUGCAAGGUCGUGUAAGGCAGUUCCACAGCGCGGUAUCCAUCGACUCGAUGCUCUGUUCUAGCAAUCAUCCACAGGAGUGUCGUGCGCUUCUCUUGGAUGGGGCUAGGCAAAAUUCGGGCAAGGACCCCACACGGGAAGGAUUCAGAUGCUCCCUGCAUGAUCUCCGCACAAUCGCAAGGCUGAACAGCGGAUUGACUCUUGGUUUUAAUGGAUUUCACGGAGUUCGAGUCCCCUUUUAUGGGCAUAGGAUGCAAAUACCAAGACUAUGCACCCGCAAAAGCUUAAUCGCGCGAGACGACACACGAGCAUUGAGGACGUCAGAAUACAUGUCCUUGCACACCAUUUGACAAG